UUUCUUGAUUGAGUCUUGCGAGGCGAUUUAAAACGCGUGAAAAGCGCUCGCGACUCUCGAAUUGUCUGUCCCAUAAAUACGGGUAUUUCAAAUUAAUUCCAUCAAGCAAAUGAGCAGCUAAUGGCCCAACGACUGCAGAACUUUCUAAAUACAUUUUUAUGGUUGAUUUGAUAAUUCUGUUGCCUUUUCGCGCUUCCAAUAUUUUUGGGUUCUUGAGUGGCCGAGAACCUUUUUUUUUCAGCUGUGACCGCCGUAGUAAUUAUGCAAUAGCCACAACCAGUUUGUCUCGCUCGGCAGUCGACGUCGUCAUAUUCAAAUUGACUUUGGGCUGAAGAUGCGACCGCCGUGUUUCAGUCGUCAACGAAACGCGCAAACGCACGCAGGCAGUUGGGGAAAUAAAAUAAACUACAAAAAAUAUAAACGUAGAAAAAAUCGAGACAAAUCGCUGUAAAAUUUGAAUUUCAAAUGACCCAAGGAUCCUGCUCCAGUUCUGUGUGUUUUCUGUGUUCUAUAUAAGAGUGAUAGCUGUGGGUUCGAGUGCCAGAGCAGAUCAAGAUGUGGAGUUGGUCGGUGGUGUUCGUACUGCUUCCGGUUUUGGCCACGGCCAAGAUCUUCGAUCGCUGUGAAUUGGCCAAUGUGCUGCAGCAGCGUUUUGGCCUUCCUGCCGCCCAAGUGGCCACUUUGGUGUGCAUAGCCCAGCACUCGAGUGAUUUUAAUACGGCCGCCUUUGGCGGAGGUGCCGGAUUGGGCGGUGGAUCCCAUGGUCUCUUCCAGAUCAGCGACGUCUACUGGUGCUCGCCACCGGGCCAGGGCAAAGGCUGUGGCCUGAGCUGCUCCAGUUUGCGGGACGAUGACAUCGGCGACGAUGUCCUGUGUGUGCGCAAGAUAUAUGCCGAGCACCAGAGGAUCAGUGGAGAUGGCUUCACCGCCUGGCAGGCCUAUGGCGCCUACUGCCGCCAGGAUGCGGCCUCCUAUGUGGCGGGAUGUGGAGGUCCUGGCAGCUCAGUCCUUUCGGUGGCCGCUUCCUACCAGAAACCGCAACAAGUGCAGGUCCACAGCUACCCAGUGAAUCACUACCAUCAGGUGGCCCAGGUCCAGACGCAGGGCAAAAUCUACAGUCGCUGCGAGUUGGCCCAGGAGUUGUUCUACCAACAUAAGCUACCCAUGCCCCAGAUUCCCACCUGGGUUUGCAUCGCCCAGCACGAAUCCUCCUUUAACACUGCGGCAGUGGGUCGCCUGAAUGCCGAUGGCAGUGCCGAUCACGGUUUGUUCCAGAUCAGCGAUCUCUUCUGGUGCACCCACGACCAGAGGGCGGGCAAGGGAUGCCAUGCCACCUGCAAUCAGUUCCUGGACUCCAGCAUUGCAGAUGAUGUGCAAUGCAUCAGGAGGAUCCAUCAGGAGCACACCCAAAUUUCGGGAGAUGGCUUCAAUGCCUGGACCGUGUACAAAAGGAACUGCCUGAACCAGCACUACGAACAGGUGGCAGCCUGUUUCGCCAAGCCACCGGCUCACCAACAUCCGAAUGCCAUCGGGGGAGGUCCUGCGAAGCAGAAGGUCAGCUAUGCCUAUCAGUUUGGCCAGGUGCAAGUGCAGCAGAACCCGGCGCCAAUUACACCGGCCGUGAAUCAAUAUUAUCGACCUGCGCCGCCUGUGUUGAGCUACCAGACCAAUGUGGCAGCCUAUUCGGGCAAUCCCUUUUUCCGACCACGUCCAGUCAAUACCCAAGCCCAAACCCAAAUUCCCCCCCGGCAGCAUCCCAAUGCCAUUGGAUUACCCUUUAAAAACCAAUCCCCUGCCAACCCCUUCUACAGUCACAAACAGCCAGUACAGUAUCAACCACACUAUCAGUCACACUUCCAAACACACAAUCAACGCACGGGUAAAGUUUACAAUCGCUGCGAAUUAGCCGAAGAGUUGUAUUUCUCACACAAGUUUCCCAUGCAGGAAUUGGCCACCUGGGUGUGCAUCGCCGAGCAUGAAUCCUCGUUCAAUACGGCAGCGGUGGGGCGCCUGAACGCGGAUGGGAGUGCGGACCACGGACUCUUCCAGAUCAGCGAUCUCUACUGGUGUACACACGAUGAGGGAGGCGGCAAGGGCUGUCACAUCGACUGCCAUCGACUGCUGGACUCGGAUAUCUCCGAUGAUGUGAAGUGUGUCAGGACCAUCUACGAGGAGCACACAAGGAUUUCGGGGGACGGAUUUACCGCGUGGACCGUCUACAAUGGGCACUGCAGACAGAAAACUAGAGCUGAUAUCGCCAGUUGCUUCGAGGACAAAGAUCUGCCUCGGGAAGUCAUUAAACCAGCCAAGGGUAACGAACUGGUCAGGAAGGGAGCUCCACCUUCAAAGGGUAAAAUCUACAAUCGCUGUGAGCUGGCCAAGGAGCUUUAUCAUACACAUAAAUUACCCAUGAGGGAGAUCCCCACCUGGGUUUGCAUAGCCCAGCAUGAAUCCUCUUUCAAUACAGCAGCUGUGGGGAAACUCAAUACAGAUGGCAGUGAGGAUCAUGGCUUGUUCCAGAUCAGUGAUAUUUACUGGUGCUCCCACGACCAGACAAGUGGCAAAGCCUGCCACAUUGAGUGCGAUCGCCUGCUGGAUUCGGAUAUCUCCGAUGAUGUCCAGUGCAUUCGCACAAUCCAUGAGGAACAUACGCGACUGUCGGGAGACGGCUUCAACGCCUGGACCGUCUACAAUGGACAUUGCAGGAAUCAGAACUUGGCCCAAUUGAGUGACUGUUUCGAUGGAAACGAGAUCGCAGAGGCGGAUAAGAUCAGUCCUUAUGGAGAAAAGCCCCAAGUGAAGCCCCAUCAGUCUGUGUUGGGAAAACCACAGCAAAAGGUAGCCACCUUUCAAGAAUAUGGAGGUAAUCCCUUCCUUCAAAAUCUACAAGCAGCUAAGACCCCGCAAACUCAUGUGCUGCCCACCAAACUUACAAAUAAAAUUACAAAUAAUAGUUUUAGUCCCAAGGAGCCACAAACUAAUAAACUCUAUGCCUCAAAUCCAUUUUUCAAUAAUCAACUGGUGAAUAAACCUACUCCCACAUUAGGAACUGCCACGUAUUCUACCCAAAAACCGAACUACGAUCGCAAUCCCUUUUUGAAAGCCCCUGGUUCAAUUAAACCCUCUGUAACAACUUCACAUACUUUAGAAGAAGUCAAACCCCACCAAAGUUUACCCUAUGCCCAUAAUCCAUUUCUCAGCCUUCUUGGCAAACCAAUUGUACCUGCUCGAGCACCCGUCAAUCCCAAGCCGAAGCCCUCGAGCCCAAGUAAAAGCCCAUCUAAGCCCCCUCAGCUGGUCAACAGACCCUAUGUCAGCAGCGACAGCUUCCGCAAUGAGGUGAUUAAAUUUACGGCCACCUCUGCGGCAGUGGAAACAACUACAAGCGUCACAAAGCAAUCUGUAGCAACAACCACAAGGAAACCUUUAACAGCGGCCACAAAAAAACCAGUCCCAACUACGGCCAAAACUACGAGCUUGCCGUUAUGGUCAUGGCAAACUUCUACGUCCGCUAAGCCCACAAUAACUGAAAGUGGUAAUCGCUACACAGCUACAACGAAAGCCUCUGCACAACCAACAACUACUCGAUCAGUGAUAACCAAUAAGCCAGCUACUAUUUCAACUACUGGAAAAAUUACUCGACCUACUCCUAGCUCACCUAAAGGAACCACUACUCGGAAAACUACUGCAUUAACCAUUCCAACAACAACACGUUCAAAUACCUCCUUAAUCACUUACCCAACAACUCGUCCAUCAAUUCGUACAACUUCAAGUCCAGCAACUUACUCAACUAAGCGCCCGAUAUCUACAACUCAUCCAACAUAUCGAUCAACUACUAGCCCAAUAUCUACGACACGUUCAACCACACGUUUAACUACUCAGCCAACUACUCGACCAACCAUUCGUUUAACUACUCAGCCAACUAGUCGACCUACCGCUCGUUCAACUACUCAGCCAAUUACUCGUCCAACCACAAAGCCAACUACUCCUUCAACUAGAAGUACAAUUUCAAUAGCCUAUCAACAAAAGUCAACAACAACGAAACCUACAUCUCGCCACACAACUGUAAGCAAGGCCACCAAACGGCCAACUACAACUACUCGUCCAGUUACAACCACUCGCUAUAUUGCAACAACUCACCAAUCAGUAAUAGCCAAGACCACAAAUCGUUAUGCAGCCUUAUAUUCACCAACCUCUCGACCAAAUGUAAUAUCGAAAUCUUCAACUCGUUAUACAACCACAACGCCCCCAAAAACCAAGUCCCCAUAUCACUAUAUAUCAGUAACUAAGCCCACCACUCGCCCGAAUCCAACCAUUCGUUCAACCACAGCCAUUCGUUACUCACCAACAACUCACCAACCUCUAACAACGAGAAACACCACUCGUUACUCAGCGAUAUCUACACCAACUACUCGUCAAGGAAGCACCACACCAAGGCCAUAUUUAUUAACAUCAACAACGAAAAAGAGUGCUACAUCUAAAGAUCCCUUUGAUCAUCCGUUUUUCCAGAAAUUCAAGGCAAAGUUUGAGAAAACCCCCUCUCAGGCACAAAAUCCAAAAACCACCGCAACAAUAAUCCGAAAUCAAAAUCAAACCACCAGCAGUCCUUAUUAUGCAAAAUAUCAGGAAAAUAAGAUGAAAACAGGAGCCAAAACCGUUCUUUCAUACGAUUUCGGACAUAAUAGAACGACUAGGCCAAAAAGUGCUUUCGAUGUCUACCUUAAUUGGAACAAAAGUUAAGAGGGUUUCCAUUAGUGUGUCACUUUCGAGACUUGUAAAUAUGCUUUAUUGACCACUAGUUUAACAUAAUGGCAGAAUACUCAUACAUUAUUGAUUCGUAAGCCUUAUAAAUAGGAUUUAGAUAAUAAAAUAAAAAUAAAACGAUGCGAAUGCGAAAUGUACGAAAAUUAAUUCAAUUUCAGAGACUGGUUGGCGGGUCAAUCUGACAACGCGCCAAACGUCGCCAAGUGCGAUUGGAUCGUGGCUUUAAACAGGGGCUUUGAUUAAUUUUCGUUAACCCGUUUUUGGCCGAGUCUUGUUAA